AAUUUAUAUGCAGCCCCAUCAAAGUUUAAAAAACCUGUUCCUGAGAACCAAUGGACUGAUCAAAAUAAAGCCAAAAGUGAGGGUUACUGACAAUUACACCCUGUCCCUUGUGUAUACUCCUGGAGUGGGCCAUAUUUGCAAGGUGAUCCAAAAAGACCCAGAUUAACUGUACGAAUAGACGAUAGCUGGUAAUUCGAUUGCACUUCUUGCUGACGGAUCAAGUAAGCAUCUCCACAAUUACUCGAUAGAAUUCAAUCUCCCUCGGUCAUCCAAAAUGAUCCCAAAUUUAGAAGCCAUAAGUGCCUUGUACAAAGCAUUCUAUGACGUAGAUGCCUAUCCUAUUAUCUUGGAUAGAACUAUUAUGACAGAUGUAUCUGAUUAUGUGCUGGUGAUGGACAAUUUGUCACCCACUUACAAAGUAUCACCUUUUAGAUUAUUCCCUAGACUAUAGUUUUAAUUGACAUCGAAGAUACGUUAGCAUCACAAAUCCUCACAGCCGUAGAAAAUGCCAAUCUCCAAUGCACUGUGAUUAUUUCCAACUCCCACAAUCUGAGGGAGUAGCUCUAUGAUGCUGCUUUAGUCAAGGCGACUCUUGAUGCAAGAUCCAUUCUUAAACCCUCCCAAUGUGAGUUGAUCAAAAAAUCAAUCACUUCAGUUGAUUUCGCUAAUCUACCAUCUUUUUUGACAACCACAUUAAACAAGGCCUAUGCUCUGGGAUUGCAAGAAAUCUACAACCAUAAGUUGUAUCAUCCCACUGUUGCCAACGUAAACCCAGAGAUUUUCAUUAAUAAAUUAAAUGAUCUUUACAUUUAUGGAGAAGUUGCUUAUUACAACAAAUGGUCGAAUGAUCAUCUGUUAUAAAGUAAUGAUUUCAAUUAGAAUGCCUUGGAAUUACACAAAAGAUACCAUGGAAUGAUCACAAUUGAACUCAAAUUUAAUCCAAGAUCUCUAGAAGAUUUGUUCAGAAUUUAUGAAACCUCCUAUCAACAAGAUGAGUUGGCAUAACUCAGACAAAUCCUCAUUGAUGAUCCAACCAAAUUAAGAGAAAUCACCUUUAAAAAGAAUUACGCUGCCAUCAUAACUAAUGGUACAGCCAUUCUUGGUUUGGGAAACAUCGGACCUUCUGCAGGACUACCAGUUAUGGAAGGCAAAUCAGUCUUAUUCAAUGCUUUGGGAGGCAUAGAUCUUAUGCCAAUCUGUCUCAAAGAGAAGGAUCCUCAUAAAUUGGUCAGAAUCAUCAAAUGGUAUCUCCUCAUUAAAUCUUUCAUAGCAUUGCUCCCAUAUUUUCAGCCAUUAAUCUAGAAGAUUUGAGAGCCCCCGAUUGUUUCCCCAUUGAAGAAGAGGCAGUCCAUAGUUUACACAUCCCCUUAAUGCAUGAUGAUCAACAUGGAACAGCCGUAGUUAGUUUGGCUGCUGUCAUCAACUAUCUAAAAUUAACCAAAAAGAAUGUGAAGGAUCUAAAAUUAGUUAUAAAUGGAGCAGGGUAUAUUAUAAAUGUAAGUAUCAAAGUGCUGCUGGUGUUGCAAUUUGUAAAUUGUUGUAUGGACAUGGAAUAGAGGAUAUAGUCAUGUGUGAUACUUCAGGAAUCAUUUAUGAAGGUAGACCUCAAAAUAUGAACAAUUUUAAAAAUGAUUUAGCCAAGUUCACAAAUAAGGGUAAAAUCUAAGGCACUCUCGCAGAUGCAGUCAAAGGAAGAGAUCUCUUUGUUGGAGUGUCCAGUGCUGUAUUACUCUAUAUAUAUUCAACUUUCAUAGGGUGCUCUAACACAGGAUAUGGUCAGAGCAAUGAACAAGGAUCCAUUCAUCCUAGCCUUGGCAAAUCCAGUGCCUGAAAUAAUGCCCGAUGAAGCCAUUGAAGCUGGUGCAUUUAUCGUUGCUACUGGAAGAUCGGAUUUCAAUAAUUAAGUCAAUAAUUCUUUGGCCUUCCCAGGUAUUUUCAGAGGUGCCAUUGACACUAGAGCCAAAGAAAUUAAUCUAGAAAUGAAGGUAUUAUUGAUUUAAUACAAAAAGAUUGCUGCUGCUUAUGCUAUUGCCAAUAGUAUCAAAGAUUCGGAACUUAGCACAACGAAGAUAUUGCCUGGAGCUUUGACAGCAGAGAUUCCUGCCAAUGUGGCAAGAGCUGUGGCUAUUGCUGCCAUGAAGACAGGAGUUGCUAAAGUUAACGUAGAUCCAGAGAAAGUGUUCGAUCUAGCUAGAAAAUUGAUUAUGGAAGGAAAUCUAGCAGGUAUUUGAAUAAUUUAGAACAUUACAUACAGUUUAAUAAUUUUAAUUAC